CCCUUCUCUCUCCGCAACACAUCUUCCGUCCACCUCCCACCGAGGCCUGGAAGUAGGGCUUCCUGUGGGGAGAGUGGAGGGAGAGGCGAGGCCGCGGCGUCGGAUUCCUCGAACUCACACACUCCCGUACGGCCCGUCAGUAUGGGGGUGACAUGUGUGUCCCAGAUGCCUGUGGCUGAGGGUAAGAGUGUCCAGCAGACCGUGGAGCUCCUGACCAGGAAGUUGGAACUUCUGGGGGCAGAGAAGCAGGGGACAUUCUGCGUGGACUGUGAGACCUACCACACAGCAGCCUCGACCAUGGGCAGUCAAGGCCAGGCUGGGAAGCUGAUGUAUGUGAUGCACAACUCAGAAUACCCUCUAAGCUGCUUUGCCCUCUUUGAGAAUGGCCCCUGUCUCAUUGCCGACGCAAACUUUGAUGUGCUCAUGGUGAAGCUCAAGGGCUUUUUCCAAAAUGCCAAGGCCAACAAGAUUGAGACCCGUGGCACCCGCUACCAGUACUGUGACUUCCUGGUGAAAGUGGGCACUGUCACCAUGGGGCCCAGCGCUAGAGGCAUCUCUGUGGAGGUGGAGUAUGGCCCAUGUGUGGUGGCUAGUGACUGCUGGAACCUGCUCUUGGAGUUCCUGCAGAGUUUCCUGGGCAACCACAAUCCAGGGGCACCAGCAGUGUUUGGGAAUAGACACGACGGGGUAUAUGGCCCUGCUGACACCAUGGCCCAGUAUAUGGAACUCUUCAACAAGAUUCGAAAACAGCAGCAGGUGCCUGUGGCUGGGAUCCGUUAGUGAGUGGGGAGCUGCUGAGUGAUUGGUAUUGCCAGGGUGACUCCACAGGAGAUGAAGGUGCUUCAUCCCAGCCCCUGACCCCUGGAACCCGGGACAGAAAGGCCAGGCAUCUUCUCUUCCUUUGAACAUGCAACUAUGGCUUCUCCUAUGGGGCUUUGUACUCCCCCCACCAGCACUCUCACACACAUACCCUUCCCCCCCACACACGUAAAGUGGUCUUAGGAUGAGCCUUGUUGCUCUUGACCUAUUCUUGGGGGAAAGGAACUCUGGAUGAUGGAGAAGUUGGAGCUUUUCCCUCAUCUUUCAGGAAGAUGGGCCAGGGGGUAUCCUUAGCUUGGCAACUGCCAUUGACCUCCUGUUCUCUCUGGCAGUUACAGCCUUGGCCCAGUUCCCCAUUUGGAUGGGCUGUUUUUAUGUUCUGAUCAUUCUGUAAUAAAAGUUUGUUCCUUUGGUCUAA